AUUUGUAGUCUGUCUUACCUACCACGAACGGUCAUUUGACCGGUAGUACGAUUUAUACAUUUUUGUAAGAGUUUCUCUCUAAGACUCAAUGCCAAAACUAUAAAGUCGUUACAAACGAAAGGUAAUGUAGUUAUGACACGAUUUUAUCCGAUAAGUGCCUUCCAGAAAUUGGUUUACGGCACUUCCAAGUGUUUACAGUUCUCGCUCGACUAUCGGGCUAGCGGUGUUUAUUUGCUUGAUUGAUAUCCGAUACGGUCAAGAUCCUCGAAUGUUCUACGCCAUCUCAUCUACUAUGACGUAAAAUAAAUAAACUUGUAACUGAAGGAAAUGUAUAGACGUCUUCUCACGAAUUCAAAUCAGUAUAGUCUUGCGACACGAACAGAGUGCAUCGAACGUGAAAGUCACAAAGAGCAUACUUGGCAAUCUUUUAGUAUUAUUUUGUAAUAUUUUAUAUCGUAUUACGUGUAAUAAGUGCCAUUUUCAAAAUAGUGAACAAGACUAACAAUACGUCGCAAAUAUUUGUCCCCAAAAUGUCAAGACGUUUGAGGAGUGCGAAUGUAUUAUUAGAGAGAAUAAAUGAUAUCGAUGCAGAAUGUUCUGAAGAUGAUCAGGAAAUUCUGGAUAUGGAAAAUAACAAUACGGAAAAUUAUGACCCACUUGAAACAGAUUCGAACACCGAUGAGAACGAAGAGAAUAUUUCGAACGUACGUAGACGACGAAAGAGAAGGAGAUUUUUAGUUAGUUCCCAUAGUGAGAAUGAGGAAGAAGUAAGCGAAAUUGCGAUGCACGGAACUGUUUGGCAGGAAGUAAAAAUAGGGUCUAAUCCUGGAAGAGCACCUGGUCAUAAUAUUUUUAGGGAAACAUCAGGCCCGACUGGGUACAGUAAACGUAAUAUUAUGAAAGGCGAAGUUAGGACGGCAUUUUCUGUGAUAAUUGAUAAGAAUAUAAUCGAACUUAUAAGAAAGUGCACAGAGGCAGAGGCAUUUAGAGUGUUGGGAUAUAAAUGGGAACUGUCUACUGCAAAGUUAUAUGCAUUUUUUGCAAUUCUGUAUGCACGCGGCGCAUAUGAGGCUAAGAAUAUAGAUGUAGCACUUCUAUGGAAUAAAAAGUGGGGCCCGCCUUUUUUCUCAAAUACUAUGAGUAGACAUGACUUUACGGAGAUUAUGAGAUUUAUUCGAUUUGACGACAGAAAUCAACGAAGCCAACGGUUACAAACCGAUAAAUUUGCUAUGAUUUCCGAAGUUUGGUACAAGUUUAUGGACAACAGUCAAAAUUGUUAUAAACCAGGACCAUAUAUUACUAUUGACGAACAAUUGUUUCCAACGAAAGCAAGGUGUAGAUUUACUCAAUACAUGCCCAAUAAACCGGACAAAUUUGGUAUAAAAUUCUGGUUAGCAUCCGAUGUGCGUAGCAAAUAUAUAAUAAACGGCUUUCCAUAUUUGGGAAAAGAUGAAAGUAGAGAACCCUCAGUUCCUCUUGGAGAGUUUGUCACUAUGAAAUUAGCAAAACCGUAUGUAGGAUGUGGAAGAAAUAUAACCACGGACAACUUUUUUACAAGCCUACCUUUAGCAACAAAACUUUUAGCAAAAAAACUACGAUUGUCGGGACAAUUAGAGCAAAUAGAAAAGAGCUACCAAGACUGGCAAAACUGAAAAAUGACGACAUGGCACUUUUUUCAACCAAACUCUAU